AUAUCUGUGAUUUUAUUAGUCGACAAUUAGUAAACUUUCUCACUUUUGUAAUUUUCACUACUUCGCAUAAAUACACAAUCGGUACCCUGAUUAUUUGCUUUUUCUGAAUUUUUCCUGAAUUUCUGCGUGAGAUCUGAAAAACUUACUAUUAUGUCUGGGAAAACAUUCUGAGAGAAGUGUUCUAUUUGCAUAAAAAAAAUCUAAGAAUAUUAUUAUAUUUACGCUAAGAUUUUAUUAACGCAUCUUAUGUUAUAUUUGUUACUAUUUCUCAUGUGUUGUACGUUAUUUUCUUCAGUUUUGCGCAAAGAUGAAGAAAAACAUGUGCGUGCACAGUACAUGUGUGUGGUUAAAUUUAGAUUCUCUCAUCUACAGGCGGGAGGUCGUCUGCUCAAGACCGAUGGAUGGACAAAAAAUUCUGCAAGUAUUGGUUUUCUCUCCGUUCUAGUAUAAAGUAGGAUCUCGUAAGAAAUGGUCACGGAGCGUAUGAAUCAUCGUCUAAAAUGCGCGCGCGUGCACGCAUCUCAUUCUAUGCGUUGACAAGUCGGCGGAACGUACUACGCACCGUGUUGUAAUAUGCGCAUGUAAAUGUGAACGCCGUAGAGACAGUUUUUUGUGAAAACGACGAAGAGAAACGUUGAGGUUUUUUUUACUUGAUACGUAUGCGAUCGCGCAUCUAUUGCGCAACAGAAACCCCGCGCGUCCCGUUAGUCGCGCGUGGAAAUGGAAUGGUCGAGUGAUGUUUGAGAGAUAUAGAUUUAAGUAGCGUCACCGACAUGAUGGUCGAGUGUGUGCGAUAAAACACGGGAUUUCAUGUUGUCAUAAGUGUGAGAAAAUUGUAGUCGGCUCUAUUGAAGUGAGUGAUUGCACUCCGUGUACGCGAAUUCUGACGCUUGAAGAAAUCGUACGUGGAAGAAAGAAGGACUAAAAAUAGAAGAAGAUCAGCGAACAGGAUUUUGUAAAAAAAACAACAAACUUUUAAUUUACGUAGAAACUGUAGAAUCAAUCCCAUACAACACUGCUGCAAGAUUUGCUUUGGUUGCACAAUCAACUUGGUCAGUCUUUUAGUGUGUUUCAUCAGUUUGAAGAAACAUGGAGAAUGAACAGCAUCAUUAUGAGCUGCGCAGCAGAAGCCGAUCACGCUCACACACUCCCAUGAUCACGAAUCGUUCCUUGCAAGAGCAAGAAACAACAGAACAUCAUUAUGAUCUCAGAAACAAAAGCAGAGAAAGAUCUCAUACACCAGGAGAAGUAACAAGCAGCAGACGAUCUGGUUCUAGAUCAGUACCUGGCAGUAGUACCAAGGUACACGAUAAAAGUAUGGAGACAAUAGAGGAAAGUAAAGAAGGAUCUGUAACAGGAAGUAUAACAGAUAAUCAGAGCACAAAGUCAGAAAGUUCUAAUGCAACCGUAAGGAAGGAGCGUCGAUCGGAACGUCAGAGAGCUAAGAGACAAUUAUUGGCAAAUGGUCAAAAUGAAAGCAAAGGAGAUAAAUCUGACAAAAUCACUGAGCAAAAGCACAAAAGUAUUACACCAAGCAGGCUAAUUACCAGUGAUUAUUCAUCUGAAGAAGGAGAAAGAGAAGAACGAGGUUCAAGUAGACAAGGUUCUGCGUAUGAAAUUUACAAACAAGCUGGUGAAUGGUGGAAUGUGUUUCCAAAAACAGAUUACACGUAUUCACAAGCCUCUCAGUGUCGUUAUGAGAUAGCUCCCGGUAUAUUAGCAAUGCCUAAUAUGUCGAGAAGAUCUAUACAUUCGGACACGGAUAGCAGUAUCGAAAUAAGCAAUAAAACUUUAAGCCAAACUGUACAAAGAACAACAGGAAGUAAAAUUAGUGAUGUAGAUACUGUUGAUUUAAAAGACAAAACUUCAGCUGACUUGUCCGAAAAUAUCUAUGAUAUGUCACACUUAUCAUCGAGUUCCACAGCGAGAUCGACUGUACAUAAGAAAACACAUGUAGAACAAUACUCAAGUUACAAGAAAAUAAUUUAUUCAGAGCCAAAUUAUUCUGAGUUUUGGCCAAGAUAUUUAUCGUCGCCAAAAUCUCUAAUAUCUACUGAGAGGUAUGGUGCAUCCUCUGCCGACUCUGAUACCGAAUUGGACGAAAAUUUGACAUCAUCAGCAGCUAUCACUAACAAUACGUGGAGGGUUGUGCGAUGGUUUACAUAUGUUACGACUUUUAUCGCUCUUUGGUUCAGAAAAACAAUCGAGUUCUUCAAGUUCGGAAAAGACAAAAAGACACAAUAUUAUAGUGCCUCUCACGCAUCUUAUAACGAAUCCAAGUGGCGCGCAUUUUGGCAGAGCUUAGAUCGUUACACGCACAACAUAUACUUUUUCUUCGUCAGAAUACUUGUUUUGGAUGCUUGGAUAUUAAGUCAAUUUACCGGCGUUAGAAAAUGGUUGCAGGAAAAAUGUCCAAAGAUUCUGUUGAUCACGCUCUUACCGUUAUUGCUUCUGUUUGGUUUGUGGCUCGCGGCUCGGUACAUGUCAUUUAUUCCUAAUGUUGAAAUUAUGUCAGAGACAAUAACAGAUAAAGUAUUACCGGCUAUAUGGGACAAUCAGAAGAGUGAAAAUAUUGAAGAGAAAUUGGUUAACAAAAACGUGCCCAAAGAUGAUUCUAAUAGAGAGAUAACUGAUUUGAUCGGUAAAAUAGAAAUGCUCGAGAAAGGACAAACAUAUCAAAUGGAAUAUCUUAUGAAUGUUACCCGGAGCUUAGAGAAACAAAGCGACGUCGGUUCCUCAAAGGAGUAUAACGAUAAAAUUGCGAAUGAGCAAAACAAACUGGAUGUCAGUGAACUGAACAAUAUACUGCACACCGAACUUAGAGUUGUCAAAAACGAAUUUGAAAAAUUGCGCGAGCUUUAUUCGGAAGUAAAAACUUGUUGCAACGCUAAUGCAGAAGCUAUCGCGAGUCAGAAUAUUGAGGAGCAUGUGGAAAAAAUAUUACUUAGGUAUCUUCCUCCCGGAAUUUCUAAAGAAGAUCUGACGAAAAUCAGCCAGAAUUUAUUUUCAUCUCAUCCGAGCAAAGAAGAUCAAAUGGUUUUCAAUAGAAAUAAUAAUAUAGGAGACGCUCACGAAUUGGAUAGACACAUACGCAAAGUGGUGAAAGAAGUUUUACGAAUAUACGACGCGGACAAAACCGGUCAAGUGGAUUAUGCUUUGGAAUCAGCAGGUGGUCAAGUUCUUAGUACACGAUGCACUCAGAAAUAUGAUAUCAAAUCGAAAGCAUUCAGUCUGUUUGGCUUUCCUUUGUAUUACGAAAGCAGCAAUCCACGAACAGUAAUACAAGGGCAUCCACUGCAACCCGGUGUUUGUUGGGCUUUCCAGGACUUUCCCGGAUAUCUUGUGAUACAAUUACGAAGCAUCAUUUAUGUGACCGGUUUCACUAUGGAACACGUUUCUAAAUUAAUCUUACCGAACGAAAACAUGUCGAGCGCGCCCAAAAAAUUUGAAGUCUGGGGAUUAACGAGCGAAAAUGAUCCCGAGCCCGUGUUGUUCGGCGAUUACGAAUUUGCGUUCUCCGACGAAAAUUUGCAAUAUUUCCCAGUUCAGAACACAGCGAUCAACAGACCGUACGAAUACGUAGAAUUAAAAAUACACAGCAACCACGGACAGCUGGACUACACGUGUUUAUACAGGUUCCGCGUCCACGGAAGACCGGCUUAGAGACUAAUCGAAUAUAACAUAGGUUUCUGUUUCUUUCGCGAGAUCAUUCAUAGUAUGAACGAUCUGUAGCUCUUCUGUGCCUUCAAUUAUUGUUAUUACUGUUAAACUCCAACCGCGUAAUCGGCUCAGUAAGUUGCCCAUAGCGUAUAAUAACUAUAUAUUGCGGAUAUAGAUCAGUUAUUUACUGUUUUUCUACUAGAUUUUCCACACAAAGCAAUAUAUAUAUUUGAACAUUUAAUUUUUGACGUUCAUGCGUAACGAAAGUAGUUUCUACCAUUUGUCGAAACGUAUGUGUUACAUUGUGUGCGUAUUUACAUUUAAUUUAUAAAACCAGUUGCAUCGCUAAUAUAUAUAUAGAACAUCAUGAUCAUUUACACACACAUUUAUGCAUUGUGGUAUUUGAUGGUGUUCUUGAGACAUUGUCCAUAUACACAAAUUAAUAUUCUCACUAUAGGGGGCCUUUCUAUUAAUUACGUUAAAUAAAGUAAAAAUAAAAAGUAAAAUUUUGUAAAAUAAAUGUCUCUCACAUAAUAAAUACGUGUAUCUCUUGUACGAGAAACGUGUAUCUCUUGUACAAGAGAUCGAUUAAAAGAGCGAGACAGAUAAAAAAAAAUUUCAUAUAUAUAGUUUCAGACAACAGAAUUUUUCGUGUGUUGUUAUAUAUUACGGAUUUUUCUAUAGCAUAUCACGUAAAUAAGAUUGACACUUCAAAAGUUACCCUAAGUCAAUAUUUGUAAUAACGCGAAAGUACAAAUUUAUAAGAAGCUAUAACAAUUAAGUGACUCUAUAUAGUUAAGGGAGUAAAUUAAUUUUUAGGUUUAAGUUUGUAUACGCGUGGUCUUCAAUGCGAAAUGGGAAAAGUUUAAAUGAUAUAAAAGUGCGGCUCUAAUAUAUUUUUGAUCGGAUCUAAUAUAUUUUGUGUAUAUAUAUACAUACAUAUAUAUAUAUAUAUAUAAUAUUAUUACUUAAUUUGCAGCUAUUUUGCUUCUCUGCCGUUUGAAUAAUUUUAAUCGAGUCCCAGUUUGUUCUUUCUGACCGCGGUACAUAUUCUCGUUGAUUGUGAAGCGAGUGUUCGUGAUUUGCUUUGUAGUAUGUACUUAGUAUCGUAAGAGUGUGACGAGAUUUGCGGUUGUGUGAAAAACGCACGUAAAUUUUGUCACAUUAAAAUAAAUUUGUAUGAUUUCCGUAAUAUGUUAACAAGAUUUGUACACACAUUUAUAUAAGUAAAAUAAUAAUUGCAUUCUCUCUA